AUGCCACAAAUUUUGCCAAAUUUCUCAAGUUCUGUUAAACUCAAAUAUGUGAAGCUUGGCUACCAGUAUCUUGUCAAUCAUAUUCUAACUUUUUUUCUUAUACCAAUUAUGGUGGGCAUUCUUGUCGAGAUCCUGCGGUUAGGCCCUGAAGAAAUGCUUAACAUUUGGAGAUCACUUCAUUUUGAUCUUGUCCAAGUCUUGUGUUCAUCAUUUCUAAUCAUUUUCAUAGCAACUGUGUACUUUAUGUCCAAGCCUCGGUCGAUAUAUCUAGUUGAUUACGCUUGUUAUAAGCCUCCUAUAACUUGUCGAGUACCUUUCUCGACAUUUAUGGAGCACUCUCGGCUAAUCCUUAAGGAUAAUCCAAAGAGCGUUGACUUCCAAAUGCGCAUUCUUGAACGCUCAGGACUUGGAGAAGAGACGUGUUUGCCUCCGGCCAUUCAUUAUAUUCCUCCGACUCCAACAAUGGAAGCUGCUAGGGGCGAGGCCGAGGUGGUUAUUUUCUCAGCUAUCGAUUCAUUGAUGGCGAAAACUGGGAUCAAGCCUAAAGAUAUUGAUAUUCUUAUUGUGAACUGCAGUCUCUUUUCUCCAACCCCAUCUUUGUCUGCUAUGGUUGUGAAUAAGUACAAAUUGAGGAGUAAUAUAAAGAGUUACAAUCUUUCUGGCAUGGGGUGUAGUGCUGGUUUGAUAUCAAUUGAUUUGGCUAGAGACCUUUUACAAGUUCAUCCCAAUUCACAUGCUCUUGUUGUAAGUACAGAAAUCAUUACUCCCAACUAUUAUCAAGGUUCAGAAAGAGCAAUGCUUCUUCCCAAUUGCUUGUUUCGCAUGGGGGGUGCUGCAAUUCUUCUAUCCAACAAGAGGAGGGACCGAAGUCGAGCCAAGUACCGACUAGUCCAUGUCGUUCGAACUCACAAAGGCGCCGACGAUAAGGCCUAUAAAUGUGUGUAUGAACAAGAAGAUCCACAGGGAAAAGUUGGGAUUAAUCUAUCCAAAGACCUAAUGGUUAUAGCUGGUGAAGCUUUAAAAUCAAACAUUACAACAAUUGGCCCACUAGUCCUUCCAGCCUCUGAACAGCUCCUCUUCCUCUUCACACUUAUCGGUCGAAAAAUAUUUAACCCUAAAUGGAAACCAUACAUUCCUGAUUUCAAACAAGCAUUUGAACACUUUUGCAUCCACGCCGGUGGAAGAGCAGUGAUUGAUGAACUCCAGAAGAACCUUCAGUUGUCUGCUGAGCACGUCGAGGCCUCACGAAUGACGCUACAUCGAUUCGGUAACACUUCCUCGUCUUCGUUAUGGUACGAGUUGGGUUACAUUGAGGCCAAAGGAAGGAUGAAAAAGGGUGACAGAAUUUGGCAAAUAGCUUUUGGAAGUGGAUUCAAAUGUAACAGUGCUGUUUGGAAAUGCAACCGCACAAUUAGCACAAAAACUGAUGGACCAUGGCAAGACUGCAUUGAUAAGUACCCAGUGCACAUCCCAGAAAUUGUGAAGCUCUAA